AUGAGACGGAGUCCCAGGAGACCCCUGAUCCUGAAAAGAAGAAAACUACCUUUUCAGCUAAAUGAACCAGCAUCAGCAGACGCACACGCUCAGCCCGCCGGCUCCAAAGAACCGCCAAAACCAGCUGCCAGUCAGUGCUUUCCUGAUGGUGUCCGCAUUAUGGAUCACCCUUCCAUGUCUGGUACCCAGGUGGUUGUCAUUCCCAAAACAGCAGAUCUGCAAAGUGUAAUUGGAGCCCUCACUGCUAAAGGUAAAGAGUGUGGUGUCCAGGGCCCAAACAAGUUCAUUCUUCUGAGUCAGAGCCAGAACAAUGGCUCUUUUUGUCACGCAUCCGUGAAAGAAGAAUCAGUUCCUCCGAGCAGUGCAGCUGGACAACCAGCAGAAAGCGUACUCGGCUCGCCUGAUGCCAAACCCGUCUCUGGAAUUAAAUCUAUGAAUAAAGAAGCGAAUGGCAGGCCCUUAGAUGACAGCCUUACCAACAUCCAGUGGCUGGGCAGAAUGAGCUCCUGUGCUUUAGAGCAGGAAGCUGUAAAGCAGGACCAGGAGAACCAGAGCUCAACAACCCAGGAGAACCAGAGCUCACCAUCCCAGGAUGAAUGUGCUGCAGACUGUGGCCAGCAGUCCAUGGCAGAGAGGCCUCCAUACUCCUACAUGGCCAUGAUCCAGUUUGCCAUCAACAGUAGUAACAGCAGGAAGAUGACGCUGAAAGAAAUUUACACUUGGAUCGAGGACCAUUUUCCUUAUUAUCGAGAGGUGGCCAAACCAGGGUGGAAGAAUUCCAUACGCCACAACCUCUCUCUGCAUGACAUGUUCAUUCGUGAGACGUCGCCUGAUGGUAAAACGUCUUUCUGGACCAUCCGGCCUGAGGUCAAUCGAUGCCUCACUUUUGAUCAGGUGUACAAGAUGAUGACUCCCACGAUGAGAAAAACACCAACUUGCACUGAGAGAAAAAUAAAACCUCUUCUCCCUCGAACCGAAUCCUUCUUGGUUCCCAUUCAGCUCCCUGUCGCCUCCUCUGUGUAUCUGCCAUCUUUUUCUACUUCCUUUGGCUCAGCUGGUACCAAGCGGAAACAUAACUUUUCACGAACAGCUAAGAAAGUCCGCAUAGCUCCAAAGGUGACACAAAGCGACUCCACAGCUGUGGUUCGAUCUCCUCUGAGGAACAACAGCCUAAACGUGGAGAUAAAGGAGGAACCUGUUGACGUUUCAGUAAAAUGCGAGACUCCUAAAGCACCUCCAAAGGUACAAGCCAGCAGGUCUCGUCGCAAACAGCGCCUCAACUCUCUGCAUGAGGAGCCCAUUCUCCUCUGUCCUGAUAAUACCUUCUUUGACUCGGGCGUAGCCUUUGACGCUUCAACAUUCCAGGAUCAAGAUGCUGAGUUUAAUCAGCACCAAGGACAAGACAGCCCUGACCAGGAGUUCUCCUUUAAGACCCCUAUAAAAAGUAGCAGACUCAUGACCUUUUCCACCCCUAGCAAGUCUCCUCCGAAUGUUGUGACUGAGCCAUGGAAAGUGACUCCUGUUGGCAAUCAAAGCCAAAGCGUUCUGGACUUCAGCCCCAUUCGCACACCAGGCGGUCCUGCCGUCACCCCACAGAAUGACUACACCACCUUCAGCUUCAGCAGCACCCCGUUUAAAGAGUUCUCCUUGUUCAGCUCACCCAGGGAGUUGCUCUCAACCGCUCCCGCCAGAGUCCCCCGACCGAAGGAGACGCCCGUCGAAAUCAUGCGGAGCAGCUGCUCCAGGGGGCUGCUGCAGACGGGAGCCGCCUCGCCACCUAACCGCUCGAUCACGGAGGGCCUCGUCCUGGAUACAAUGAACGACAGCCUGAGCAAGAUUCUGGUGGACAUCAGCUUCACUGGACUGGACGGCGAGGACCUCGGCACAGCCAACCUCAGCUGGUCAGAGUUCAUCGGGCACUUUUAG